AUGUCCGUCAGCAGCCACGAGAACCGGAAAUCCCGCUCGAGCUCCGGCUCCAUGAACAUCCACCUCUUCCACAAACCGGGCCACGCCGACAGCCUCCUCACCCACCUCAACCUGCUCCGCAAGCGGCACCUCUUCACCGACGUGGUGCUGCGAGCGGGGAACCAGACCUUCCACUGCCACCGGGCCGUCCUGGCCUCCUGCAGCCGCUACUUCGAUGCCAUGUUCAGCGGGGGCCUGAAAGAGAGCAGAGACACCGAAGUCAACUUCCACGACUCCCUCCACCCCGAGGUGCUGGAGCUGCUGCUGGACUACGCCUACUCGGCCCGGGUGCUGAUUAACGAGGAGAACGCAGAGUCCUUGCUGGAGGCUGGGGACAUGUUGCAGUUCCAGGACAUUCGGGAUGCUUCGGCUGACUUUCUGGAGAAGAAUCUCUACCCUGGGAAUUGUCUGAACAUGCUGCUGCUGUCUGAUGCCCACUGCUGUGAGCGGCUGUUGGAGCUGUCCUGGAGAAUGGCAUUGGCCAACUUCACCUCGCUCUGUAAGACCGAAGACUUCCUCCGACUGCCCAAAGACAAGCUGCUGGAGCUGGUGGAGAGCGAAGAGCUGGAGGUAGAGGAUGAGACACUGGUCUACGAAGCCGUUAUAGGUUGGAUCCGAUAUGAUUUGCCCCGACGCCAUGAAGUUCUGCCAGAGCUGCUGCGCUCCGUCCGCCUGGCCCUUCUGCCCGAGUCCUACCUGCGGAAGCAUCUGUUCCCCAGCCACAAGCUGGGGGAGGAGAUUGUGGCCGAUGCUGUACGAUGCAAAAUGAAGAUCCUGCAAAAUGACGGCCUUGUGACAGGGUGCUGUGCCCGACCCCGCAAGGUCAGCCAGGCCCUGCUGCUGCUCGGUGGCCAGACCUUUAUGUGUGACAAGAUUUAUAUGCUGGAUCACAACACCAGCGAGAUCAUUCCUCGCGCUGACAUCCCAAGCCCUCGUAAAGAGUGCAGUGCCUGCGCCGUCGGGUGCAAAGUGUACAUCACUGGCGGCAAAGGCUCCGAGAACGGCGCUUCCAAAGACGUCUGGGUUUAUGACACCCUCCACGACGAGUGGGCAAAAGCUGCUCCCAUGCUGGUGGCGCGGUUUGGCCAUGGCUCCGCCGAGCUGGACCACUGUCUGUAUGUGGUAGGGGGUCACACGGCAGUGAGCGGUGCCUUCCCCGCCUCUCCCUCCGUCUCUCUCAAGCAAGUUGAACACUAUGACCCACAGCUGGACAAGUGGUCCUUGGUGGCUCCUCUCCGAGAAGGCGUGAGCAACGCUGCCGUGGUGGGAGCCAAGAUGAAGCUGUUUGUCUUCGGUGGCACCAGCACCAACCAGGAGAAGCUGCCCAAGGUGCAGUGCUUCGACCCCUGCCAGAACCGCUGGACGGUGCCUGCCAGCUGCCCCCAGCCCUGGCGAUNCCGGUCUGCCGCUGUGGUGGCCAGCCACAUCAUUGUCAUCGGUGGGGACACGGAGUUCUCCGCCAGCUCCGCUUACCGCUUCCACAGCGACACCUACCAGUGGUCCAAAUUUGGGGACGUCACCGCUAAGCGCAUCAGCUGCCGUGCCGUUACGUCGGGCAACAGACUGUAUGUGGUGGGGGGCUACUGCGGGGCUCAGCGCUGCAAAACUCUGGACUGUUACGACCCAUUGUCCGACACCUGGAGCAGUGUCACAACCGUGCCUUAUUCCCUCAUCCCCACCGCCUUUGUCAGCACCUGGAAGUACCUGUCUGCCUGA